GAUACGCAUCUCUCGUACGUGAUAAGAUGAUGGUUAGUUGCCGUUAAUAGUCAGUCGCGCAGCCAGGAGGAUCGAGAACAGGAAAGAUGGCCAGUAUCAAAGAGAUUGAUAGAUACUUCCAAUUCGCUAAGGAGUUGACACUGGAGGCAGGAAAGAUCAUGAGCAGUGCAUACGGCCGCAAGAAAAACGUUGAGACCAAAAGCUCAGAGUGGGACCUUGUCACCGAAUACGAUAGACGUGUCGAGGACAUGCUGAUAAGAAGAUUGCGUCAAGAGUUUCCGGAACACAACGUAAGAGACAUAGGAUCCGCUGCCUUGUCCUUGGCCUACGUAGCAGCCGGUGCCAUUGACGUCUUUCAGAUGGAUUACCUUAAGCCCUGGGACGUAGCAGCGGGUGUUCUCAUGGUACGCGAAGCUGGUGGCGUCGUCAUAGAUUCCCGAGGGGGCGAGUGUAACAUAAUGCGUCCUAGAACAUUAGCUGCAGCAAAUGAAAAGCUGGCACGAGAAACUGCUAAGCUAAUCGUGGAAACGGAUUUGAAGGUUCAGCGUAAGAGACUCCAACGAACCUGAUAUUAAAUUAAUGGUUAACGAAGUUAAUCAACUGUCGACGAUCAAAAAUUUCUUGUAAUUCCUCGACCGAAAAAAUACAUCAUAAAGUAAUUGCUGGCUGUA